AUGGAAUCAUGGAAGGCAUGGUUGCUUGUGUGUUGGCAAUUCUUGCUCUUCCAAUUUUCAUCCUCUCAUUCCUUAUGCCAUCCCCAUGACAACUUUGCUUUGCUUCAGUUCAAAGCCUCCUUCACUGUUGAUAUUGAUUCAAAGAUCACAACAUGGGAAAAUGGGACCGAUUGUUGCUCUUGGCAAGGAGUCACUUGCGACCUCAUCUCUGGCCAUGUCACCGGGUUGAACCUCAUGCAAAGUGGCCUUGAGAACCAAAUUCAUCCAAAUAGUACCCUUUUCCAACUUUCUCAUCUCCAAUCACUCAACCUUGCUCUCAAUGACUUCUCUGACUCUCCUAUGUCACCUCUCUUUGGUGGGUUUGAAAACCUCGCCCACCUCAACUUGUCUGACUCUUCCUUUAUAGGUGAAAUUCCUUCUCAAAUUUCACACCUUUCCAAACUAGAAUCACUUGAUCUCUCUUAUAAUGGUCGGUUAAAGUGGAAACAAAGCACAUGGAAUAGGUUGCUUCAAAACGCAACAGUUUUAAGGGAGCUUGUUUUGGAUGAAACAAAUAUGUCUUCAACUGCAAUCAGGUCAUCACUCAAUCUCUCUUCCUCUUUGGUAACUCUUAGUCUUGUGGAAAGUGAACUAAAAGGAAUCUUGACAAAUGAUGACAUUAUUUGUUUACCAAAUCUUCAACACCUAUACAUGUCAUAUAAUUACAACCUUCUAGGCCAACUUCCGAGCUUCGGUUGUAGCACUUCUCUUACUAUAUUGGAUCUCUCAGAAAACAACUUCAACGGUUCCAUCCCUCCCUCCUUCUUUAACCUCACAAACCUUACUUUCCUGGAUCUCUCAUCUAAUUACCUCAAAGGUUCAAUCCCAAAUGUAUUUCAUCAGUCAAACCGAUUUGAAGAAUUGGAUUUGAGUGAUAACCAUAUAGGAGGUGAGCUGCCAUCAACACUUUCAAAUCUUCAACAUCUCAUUCUCUUGGAUCUUUCACUGAAUAAAUUUAGUGGUCAAAUCCCAUCAUGGUUGUUUGACUUGCCUCAACUUUCUUAUUUAUAUUGUUCUGAAAACCAAUUAGAGGGCCAUCUGCCCAACAAAAUAACAGGAUUUUCAAACAUGAUUGACUUAAGAUUCGAUCACAACUUACUGAAUGGGACAAUUCCUUCUUGGUGCUUAUCUUUACCAUCUUUGGUGUAUUUAUCUCUAUCAAAUAAUCAGUUCACAGGGCAUAUUAGUGCAACCUCAUCUUACUCCUUAAAGAUUUUAGAUUUGACCAACAACAAGCUACGGGGCAAUAUACAUGAAUCAUUUUUCGGCCUUGUAAACCUUACCAUCUUACUUCUAUCAUCAAACAACUUGAGUGGUUCUGUCAAUUUUUCACUUUUCUCCGAGCUUCAAAAUCUAGGAAUUCUCUCCCUUUCCCAUAAUAAUCAAUUAUCACUAAAUUUUGAAUCUAAUGUCAAUUGCAGUUUUUCCCGCUUAAUCAAAUUGGAAUUAUCUUCUAUGGGUUUAACUGAAUUUCCGACAAUAUCAGGAGAUGUAUCAUUUAUGGAUUUGUCCAACAACAAAUUGAAUGGAAGAAUUCCUAAUUGGUUGCAUGAAAUGGGUUCAUUGUUUUUUUUGAACUUAUCUCAAAACCUAUUGACAACACCAUUGGGCCAAUUCUCGAUGAAUUAUGGACUUUAUUACCUUGAUCUUAGUUUUAACUUACUGAUUGGGGACAUAUCUUCAUCAAUUUGCAAUGCAAGUUCACUUGAAUUUCUAAUCUUGUCCCACAAUAAGCUAUCUGGUAUAAUUCCCCAAUGCCUUGCAAGCCUAUCAUUCCUUCGAGUUUUAGAUUUACAAAUGAACAAACUUUUUGGCUCUGUACCAAGUAACUUUUCAAGGAGCAACCAACUCAGAACUCUGAGUCUUAAUGGAAACCAAUUGGAAGGUCCUUUACCAAAAUCUUUGUCCAAUUGCAAUAGUUUGGUGAUUUUAAAUCUGGGAAACAAUCAAAUCGAGGAUACAUUUCCACAUUGGCUUCAAACUCUUCUAAAUUUAAGAGCACUGGUCUUGCGAGCCAAUAAGUUUCAUGGUACCAUUACUUAUUUAAAGACCAAGCAUCCAUUUCCAUGUUUAGUUAUUUUUGAUAUCUCAUCUAACAACUUCAGCGGCCCAAUACCAAAAGCUUACAUAAAAAAUUUUAAGGCCAUGACGAAUCUCUUUCAAGUUCAUGAUGCAGUGUUUGGCAAUCUGAAAUACUUGUUUGAAGAUAUUAUUGGUGGGUCAAUGUAUCCAGACUAUAUGACAAUAACAACAAAAUCUAUGAGUCUGACAUUCAGGAAAAUUCCAACGGAAUUUGUAAACAUUGAUUUAUCACAAAACAAAUUUGAAGGAGAAAUUCCAAAAGUCAUUGGAGAGCUUGAUGCACUCAUAGGGCUCAACUUUUCCCAUAACAGACUUAAUGGUCUUAUUCCCCAAUCCAUGGGAAACUUGACAAAGUUGGAAUCAUUGGAUCUCUCCUCAAAUUUGCUCACUGGUACAAUUCCUAUAGAAUUAACCAAUUUGAACUUUCUUGAACUCCUAAAUCUUUCUCAUAACCAUCUUGUGGGAGAAAUACCUCAGGGAAAACAAUUCAAUACUUUUAUGAACGAUUCCUAUGAGGGAAACUUGGGGUUAUGUGGACUCCCAUUGUCAAAAAAAUGUGGCAUGGACAAUGAACAACAUUCUCCUCCUUCACUGACUGUCUUGAGAGAACAUAAAUUUGGAUUUGGUUGGAAACCAGUAGCUAUUGGAUAUGGUUGUGGGAUGGUAUUUGGAGUGGUCAUGGGAUGUUGUGUUUUAUUACUAGGAAAGCCUCGAUGGCUCGUGAGAAUGAUUGGAAGUCUACUUAAUUAAUUGGUAUCAAUUGCUUGGGAGAUCUGAUUCAAUGUUUUGUUGUUACAUGAAUAUAUG